AUGGAUAUUGAAUUGUUUUUAUCAAAUUACAAUAUAGCAAAUGGAACAUCAUCAACAACAGCAAAUAAUAGUAAAUUUCAACCAAAAAUUAAAGUAAAGUUGGUUGUAGAAUCAGGUAGUUCCACAUAUGAAAAAUCACUUGAAUCAACAAAUGAUCAAUUAAAACCAUUGAUUAUAAAAUUAAAUAAUAAAAUUAAAAAGUAUGAAGAAUCAUUAAAUAAAAAGAACUUUGUUACACCAAAUAAACAAAGUUCAUCAUCAAUGAAUUUAUUACAAAAAUCAUCAACAGUGAAUUUAUCAUCACCAUCAUUGUCUCAGAUUGGAUUAACACAUCAUGCUAGUUUAAAGAAUUUACAAAUUACAACAUCACCAGAUAUUCAACAACCACCAUCAGUACCAUCAAAUCCAAUUGUAUUUGGUAUUUCAUUAGAUACAUUAAUUGCAAAAGAGAAAUCAAUGGAAUUAAGAAUUCCAACAUUUGUAUCAAAUAUUUUAAAUACAUUAUUUUUACAUUCAUUAGGAGUUGAAGGUUUAUUUAGGAUUAGUGGUAGUCAAAUGGAAAUUCAAAAUAGAAGAGGAAUUGUAAAUUUAGGUGAUUAUUCAACAUCAAGAGAUGAUAAUCCUCAUGUUUUAACAGUUUUAUUAAAACAAUUUUUACGUGAUUUACCUGAACCAAUUUGUACAAAUGCAUUAUAUGAUUUAUUUUUAGCUGCUUCUGAUCAAAUUAAUUUUCAACAAUGUAAAGAAAAUGGAUUUGAAGUUUUAAAGAAAUUAAUUAAUAGUAAUUUACCAGUUAAUAAUAGAAAUUUAUUACAACAUUUAAUUCACUUUUUAAGAUUUGUAGCAAUGAAUCAAACAGUGAAUUUAAUGGGACCAUCGAAUUUGAGUAGAGUAUUUGGACCAAAUUUAUUUUGGAAAAAAGAGACAGGUCCAUUGGAUAUUCAAAUUUUACAGAGUACAAGUGAGAAAGUUAAUUUCAUAACGGAACAAAUGAUACUCCAUUAUGAUACCCUAUUUGAAGAACCAUUACAAACAACUUCACCUGCUGUUCUAUCAAAUACACCAAUUAAUAGUAAUCCUGCUUCAAUUCCAACUUUUAAUUUUGGUGGUAAAAAAUUAGUAAUUCAUUCAAAAUUAUUAGGUCAUAAUAAAUCAAUUCAAUGGAUGACAUUAUGUGGUAGUAGUAAUAGUAAUGGUAAUAGUGAAUUAUCAGGAUCAAGAGUUUGGAGUUUAGAUUCACAUGGUAUGGCAAGAAUUUGGGAUAGUCAGAAUCAACAAUUUAUAAAAGAGGUUGAAGUAGUGGAUCAAAGUAAAGGUGGUGGUGGUGCAGUUUAUCAAAUGAUUAGUACGACAGUUAAUAAUACAGUUUGGACAGCAACUUCUCAAAAACUGGCAAUUUGGGAUAUUGAUGGUGGACUCAUUGGUGAGAUACCAGGUGAAUCAUAUUCAUUAUGUGAAUCUCAAAAUAAGGAAAUUUGGGUUGGUGGUCCACAAGUUUUAAAUAUUUAUUCAUUAGAUGGUAUACCAUCAAUUGCACCAUCAAAUUGUACUUCAGAUGAUAAUAAUAGUAAUGGUGCUGGUGGUGGUGAACUUUUAAAACCAAUUGGUACAAAUUUAUUUAUGAAAGGUAUUAUAAUACUUGCAAUGUGUAAAGUAGGUCAAAAUAGAAUUUGGGGUUGUUCCUCUGAGAAAACUCUAUAUGUAUGGGAUACAAAAACUAAAGAAACUAUUCAUCAAUGUGAAAUUCAAGAGAAAAGACCAAAAAGAAUGGCUUGUAUUGAAAUUGAUGAUACUGAAUAUAUUUGGAUUGGUGGUGAUGAAGGUUCAAUUCAAAUUUUUAAUUCAAAGACAUUUAAACUUGAACAUAAAAUUUUAAACCAAGGUUGGGAUAAAAUAUUUCAUAUCGCAUCAAUUAAUAGAGAGAUUUGGAUUGGAUUUUGGGAUACAACAGUUAGAGUAUUCCCUGGUGAUCCAAAGAAUAAAGAGAUUUUAAUCGAUUAUAAAGGUUAUCAUUCAGAUGUAGUUUCUUCAAUUAUUGAAGUACCAAAUUUAAAGGGUGGUGAUCCAUUCGUUUGGUUUGGUUCAUAUGAUAAAUCAAUCUCUAUAGUUUCAAUUAAAGAAGAUACAGCAAAAUCUUGGAAUUUUACAAAUAUUAAAAAGAAUUUCACUAGACCAAUUAGACAAGGUUUUUCAUCAAGAGGUUAG